CAUGUCGGUACUGCCCCUCCCCACGCGGCGUAUCCGGCCCCAUCGUCCCCGCGCAUGCGGGCCUCGAGUGGCGGCGCUUCCUCGCACGCCCUCCCCGCGUUUGUCGUUCCCCCAGAUCAUUCCAAGCCACACCCACUCGGAGUCAAGCUUUCAAAGCCCCCGACCCACUUUGUUACCCACUGGGUGGGAGGGGGAAACCGGGUAAUGGGAGAGGUAGCCGCUUCGUAGGACCCCAGGAGCCCUGCCCACAGUGGGCGGGCCGGCUCCGAGGGGGCGGAGCCCGCGGGGAAGUCUGGGGCUCCAGACCCAGGGGCGGAUCCUGGGACUUCCUCUUGGUCCAGAGGUGCGGCUGCUGCGGAGGUGGCUGAUGCAGGAGGAGCACCCUUGUGGUCCAAGGAGAUGCCACCUCAUGGAGACUGUGGCCUUAACGCCCAGCCUGGUGCUGAGCCACCCGAAACCCAGCAGGAGAUGACCUUGGCUCCCAGCCAGACUCAGCUGGGCGUGGAUUCUACACAUAGGCAAGAGCUGAACCAAAGCCCUGGCCCAGGGCUGACCCCUACCCCAGAACCUACACACCGGAUGGAGCUGACCCUGAGUCCCAGCCCAGCCAAGCCGAUGCUGGAUCCUGCACGCCGGCCAGAGCUGACCCUGAGAUCCAGCCUGGCCAAGCUGACCCCGGGUCCUGCACGCCAGCCAGAGCUGACCCUGAGCCCCAGGCUAGCUGAGCUGAUCCCAGGCUCCACAUGCUGUCCAGAGAUGACCCUCAGUCGUGGCUCACCUGAGCUGCCCCUGGAGCCCUCACAGCCCCCAGAGGAGACCCCAGCCCCCAGGCUAGCUGAGCUGACCCUGGAGCCUGCGCACUGCCGACCCGAGCUCCUAGGCGCCUGUGCUGACCUUAUCAAUGAGCAGUGGCCCCGCAGCCGUGCCUCCCGCCUGCACUCCUUGGGCCAGUCCUCAGACGCCUUCCCUCUCUGCGUGAUGCUGCUCAGCCCCCGCCCCACACCCGGGGCAGCCCCCAUCGUGGUGGGCCAUGCCCGCCUGUCACGGGUGCUGGACCGACCGCAGAGCCUCCUGGUGGAGACAGUGGUAGUGGCCCGAGCCCUGAGGGGCCAAGGCUUUGGCCGCUGCCUCAUGGAGGGCCUGGAGGCCUUUGCUCAGGCCCGAGGCUUCCGCCGGCUGCACCUCACCACCCAUGACCAGCUGUACUUCUAUGCCCACCUGGGCUACCAGCUGGGUGAGCCUGUGCAGGGCCUGGUCUUUACUAGCCAACGGCUGCCUGCCACCCUGCUCAGAGCCUUCCCCAGGGCCCCCUCCCCCCGGCCACCCUGCAAGGCCCCUGGCCUGACUGCCCAGGCUGCCCCAAGAACACCCAAGGGGCCACCAUUGCCACCACCUCCUCCCCUGCCUGAGCCCUUGACCACCACACCCCCACCUCCAGCAGGGGCCCCUCCGCAAGGCCUGCCGGACAUGCAGUACCAAGACCUGAGAGGAUGCCCCAUAUUCUGGAUGGAGAAGGACAUCUGAGGGCCUCCCAGGGCAAGGCACUCUUUCUGGGUUGGUGGACUGCCCCACACAAUACCUGUGUCAGCCCACUGGCCAUACCUCAGCCUUUAGCCCCUGGGGCAGCUUAGUGCCAGUGCGGCCAGAAGAUGGCGCCACAGCUGUGGCUCAGAGCUGUCAGUGUGGCUGAAUAAAGACUUCUGUUAGGUGUG